UGAAAACUGUAUCUGUAGGCACCUGGACAGGAGCAGGGCAUUAUAGCAAUUUGUAUCUGUUUUGCUUUUUCUUCUUUCCGUAGGGAGAUUGCAGGCAGAAAUGGGGAAACACCUUGACAAUAUCAGUGAACUCCAUGAAGAAAUUAGGGCACAUCUUGAAAAUAUUAGUGAACUGAAUGAAAAAAUUAGUGGACUUCAAAGAGAACUUGAAUGGAGAAAAGCCCUAGUUUGUCCAACGAAUGUGACCCUGGAUCCAAACACAGCAAAUGCCCAGCUCAUCGUGUCUGAGGAUCGGAAAAGCGUGAGGCAUGGAAUUGCACGGCAGGAGGUGCCGGACAAUCCAGAGCGAUUCCAUUCUUUCUGUUUGCUGGGCUGUGAGAGGUUCACCUCAGGGAGACAUUACUGGGAGGUGGAGGUGGAAGAUGGAGGGUGUGAAACAGGGAAGUUCCAGCAGCUGGAGGACACGUCUCCUGAUCUGGAAAUUAGUCUUGGUUAUUGGUGCCAAGAAAACCAGUGCUCUGAAGGAGACUGA